GUUUUCAGUUGCAGAAGAAGAAGUUGAACUAUUGUUACCUGAGGAGGAACCAAUGAAUCUAGGUGGGUCUCGGUAGCCCAUCAGCUUUCUACCUCUCAGAAGAGGAGGAAAUUGCGACCUCCGUGAUAGUUCAGUCCAUCCACUUUGACAGCAAUAACUGGUGCAAAAUUCAGUCCGAAAGGUACAGACGAAGAGUUGCUGCCGUCCACGUCAAUGGGAAAAACCUCGAAUCAGAGAGAGAGACAGAGAGAGAUUUGUGAUAAUCUCACCAGGUGAAUUCGGUGAGUUUCAGUGGUUGUAUUUGUAUGAACUUCUACAACGUUACGUUGAGUUCGAAUACAUUUAAACUAUACAAACGAUAAGAAGAGAUAAACCUUUAGAGUUCGAUUGUUAGCUGGAAUACAGGUGAGGACAAGACUUGCUCUUAUCUUAACAUGGACACAAAUAUAUAUUCUUCAUUCUCUGGUCGAUUGCUUCAUUGCUGUAACGCAGAAGUUCACGUUAAUGGAGCUCCACACUCUCUUUCUGUUAGCUCUUCUCUUUCUCUGCGACAUAUCGGGCUUUGCUUCCGCUCAGAAUUAUGUAUCAGCAGUGGGAGAUCCUGGGAUGAGAAGAGACGGGCUGAGAGUGGCCAUUGAAGCUUGGAAUCAAUGCAAUGAGGUUGGAUAUGAAGCUCCCUUUAUGGGAAGUCCCAGAGUGGCUGAUUGCUUCGACAUAGACAAUUCUUCAGUCCCACUAAGAUUAAUCCACCAGGUUCACGAGAAAGAGAACAAGCUUGGUGAAGUAAACUCCUACAUCGGCCGGCGCAUCCACAAUGUAGACCGUUUGGCUGCCCUAAAAGAGAUAUACUUGGGCAACAAAUGCCAGGUGGAAGAUGAACCAGGGCCAUGGCAAUUUUGGAUGCUCAUGCUCAAGAGUGGCAACAUGGACACUUUAGCUGCUAUGUGCCCAGAGAAUGGAAAAAAGUCCAAACCAUUUCCACAGGAGUCAAGGUUCCCAUGCUUUGGCAAAGGGUGCAUGAACAUACCCUACGUUUUCCACAACUAUACCAGUUUGCAACAGGGAUCAGAUGGAGCUGCUACUACACUAAGGGGAAGUUUGUAUGGCACAUGGGACUUGGAUGCUGAUGUUACAAAAGGGCCUGUUGUUAACACCUCUUACUACUCUGUGACAUGGGAAAAGGAAGUUGGGAAAGGAAGUUGGGUCUUCCAUAAUGUGUUGCAGACUUCACACAAGUAUCCAUGGCUAAUGCUUUACUUAAGGUCAGAUGCUACUAAAGGAUUAUCUGGGGGAUAUCAUUACCAAACAAGAGGAAUGUCAAAGAUUAUUCCAAAAUCACCCAAUUUCAAAGUGAGGUUCACACUGGACAUAAAGAAAGGAGGAGGCCCAAGGAGCCAAUUCUAUCUGAUGGACAUGGGAAGCUGCUGGAAGAACAAUGGUCAGCCUUGUGAUGGAGAUAUCACUAGUGAUGUCACCAGAUACAGUGAGAUGAUCAUCAACCCAAGCACAGAGUCAUGGUGCAAACCUGAUAGCCUUCAGUCAUGCCCCCCUUAUCAUACCCUCCCUAAUGGAACUCGAAUCCAUCGCACAGACACAGCAAACUACCCUUAUGAGGCUUACCAUAUGUAUUGUGCUCCUGGGAAUGCAGAACAUCUAGAGGAACCAUACAACUUAUGUGAUGCAUACAGCAAUCCUCAACCUCAGGAGAUAUUGCAGAUAUUGCCACACCGAGCCUGGGGAGAUUAUGGGUACCCCACAAAGAAAGGAGAGGGUUGGAUUGGAGAUGCCAGAACUUGGGAGCUGGACGUGGGAAGAUUGUCUCAGGCACUUUACUUUUACCAGGAUCCAGGUACUAAGCCAGUAGAGAGACAUCGGCCAUCAAUUGAUCUCGGAACUGAGAUAUACAUUAGUGAUAACGAAGUUGCAGAGUGGACUGUCAGCGACUUCGACAUCAUCAUUCCAAGCAAUGACCAAUAAGUUACGAAAGGGGUGGUUUGAGGAAAUACAUGGAAUAAAAUGUUCGCACUGUUACUUCCCAUUGUA